AGUGGAUAGCCAGCUGGCUAAACAAUCCAGUUUGACUGCCGUCAGUGAGAUCUUGAACGGUUGCAUGUGCUGCGUACUCGUCGGCCAGAUGGAAACAGCCCUUCGCGAGAUCCGAGACAAAUACCGCCCUGACCGAAUCAUUAUUGAAUGCUCAGGAUCCGCUUUUCCCGCCACACUGGCGUUCCAGAUCCGUGAGCUUGAGCGACAGACAAACAAUGACCUUCGACUUGACGCAAUAGUUACCGUCAUCGAUGCCGAGAACUUCACGGGGUACGAAGAUACCUCUCCCACAGCCAAGAUGCAGGCAAGCUACUCGGAUAUUAUUCUUAUCAACAAGCACGAGCACCUUGAUGAACGAGCCCUAGACAUACUGAUCGAUAAUCUUAAUACCCUAAAUCUCGACACUCCCAAGAUCAAGUGCAAUGGUCGUAACGGUGUGGACCCAAACGUUCUUUUUGGUAUCGACUCCAAGCUUUUCAGAGACCCAAUUCCCCAGGGUAUCGAGGAUCAUCAUGAUGAAGUAAAGACACUCACAGCAUACCGGGGAUUCCUGCCGACCUGUCACAACCAUGAACAUCACGAUAGAGAAUCGUGCACCUCGCAUAUUGAGGUGGAUGUGGAUAAGGGUAUGCUCGAGAGUGCUCUCGCUUCUCUAAGCAAGGAGAGCGUUUGGCGAGUCAAGGGAUUUAUUCGGUUAGAUUCUGCAAUUUGGAUCUUGAACUGGGCAUUUGGUCGGUACGAUCUCACACUGUUGAAAGGAGAUACAUCUUUUAUGCGAGAUGCGUCCAUAAGACUCACCAUGAUGGGAGACAAAUACGAGUUGGAUCGCAAACCGAUUCCAGUGGCGGUUAAGAAGUUUUGUGCCGAUCUCCAAGUUCAAGUGAUGUAGAUUAGAUUACGUAUACGUGUCUAAUUGAAAUUUGAUUACCGCCGA